GGGGAACGUUGGCCCCUUCGUGUUAUUGAUUGCCAGUAUUUUCCGAAUGACAGCAAAAUCCACCGAGUAAUAAAGCCCAAUCAUCAUUGGACACUUCAGCCAUAAUUCCUCGCCAAUUGGCUGACCCCUCCGAGUCAUCAGAAAUUACCUCUGUCCCCGUAAUGUGUGUACCCACCUCAGUAACCUCUUGCUGAGUCCCGAGUGUAUUGUCUUCACAAGGGGAAUUGUGUCGAAAUUCAGAGGGGAAAAAAAAAGAAAACAUUGAAAGCUGGGGGGGGCCCAAGGUUCAAGCGACCGCAAAACCGAAUAAUGUUCGUGCCCAAAGCUCAUGUGUCUUCGUUAUUGAGGUGAAUGAGACAUUCAAGUGCGCAAAACUUCGAAAAAAAAUUCAAUAAACCGUCAAUUGAAUAAUUAGAAAAACAAAUUGAACUCCAGACUCAAUUAUCCACGGAUGUCAGUAGAGUGAAGUGAUCAGUUGUGAUAAUUGGAGAGUCAUAAAACUUGGUGUAAUAAUGGCGACCAAUCUGGAGGAGGAGCAGAGUUUACGAGAGUGCGAGGAGUACGUACAGAGGCACAAUAUCCAGCAGGUACUCAAGGAUUGUAUUGUACAAUUGUGCGUUGGUAGACCACAGAAUCCAAUCUCAUUUCUGCGUGAAUAUUUUCAAAAACUAGAGAGGGAACAGGCGCAAGAUGCUAAACAACAAAUUGCUACGAGUCCAGAGGACAUUGAGGAUAUGCCAGGGGGACCCCAGGGGCCACAAGUACCACGACGACGUGGUGGCAUCUCCGCUGAACCUGUCUCCGAGGAGGAUGCCACCAGUUAUGUUAAAAAGGUCGUACCUAAGGAUUAUAAGACCAUGGCUGCACUCAGCAAGGCCAUUGCCAAGAAUGUCCUGUUUGCACAUCUUGAUGAGAACGAGAGAUCUGAUAUUUUCGAUGCUAUGUUUCCGGUUAAUUUUCUACCUGGGGAGCCAAUCAUUCGUCAAGGGGACGAGGGUGACAACUUCUACGUUAUUGAUCAAGGUGAAGUAGAAAUAUUUGUCAAUGGUGAACUAGUAACAACGAUAGGAGAGGGCGGAAGUUUCGGUGAAUUGGCUUUGAUUUAUGGCACUCCUCGUGCAGCUACAGUGAGAGCCAAAACGGAUGUUAAAUUAUGGGGAAUCGAUCGUGAUUCUUAUCGUCGUAUUCUCAUGGGCUCGACCAUAAGAAAGAGAAAAAUGUACGAGGAAUUCUUAUCUAGGGUCUCCAUUCUCGAAUCGCUGGAUAAGUGGGAGCGUCUAACCGUUGCUGAUGCCCUUGAACCUGUGGUAUUUGAAGAUGGCGAAACUAUAGUGAGACAAGGAGAACCCGGUGAGGAUUUUUACAUUAUUGUCGAGGGUACUGCUGUUGUUCUGCAGCAGAGGAGCGAGGGGGAGGAGCCCACUGAAGUCGGGAGACUUGGACCCUCCGAUUACUUUGGUGAAAUAGCUCUCCUUCUGGACAGGCCGAGGGCGGCGACGGUGAUAGCCCGCGGUCCCCUAAAAUGCGUCAAACUCGAUAGAGCACGUUUUGAGCGUGUCUUGGGGCUGUGCGCAGACAUCCUAAAACGAAACAUCACCCAGUACAACAGUUUCGUCUCCUUGUCAGUGUAAAUUUCCCCCCUCCUCCACCACCACCAGCACUGUGACCCUCUCUUUCGUGUAAAAAACGCCACAAUCCAAGGGAUUCAAAAAUCGAUACACAUCUCAUUGUUAUAAUUUUAUUAUUUUAUUAAUCUCAUAAUUUAUCAAAUAACCAAUGGUUAAAUUCAUACUGGAUCGUUAGCCACUGUAAUAAAUACAAUUCUAGUGAACGAUUCAGUGAUAAAUUUGAAAAAAUGGAAUUCUAUAAAAGAAACUUAUAAAUUAAACAUAA